CAGGUGUUGGUGUUGUACUUCGCGAAGAGCGUGGAGCUGACCGGAGUGAGGCAGGAGGAGAUUGUUGCCGUGCCGACACCAAUCAGCAGCUGGGACCUUUGGAGGCUGCUGCUGCAGCGACACCCCAGACAUGUCGGUGUCAGAGGAGCCGAGAGACGUCCUUCAGCUCAGCCGUGACCGGCUCUCUGUACAGGAAGUGGUCGACGCCGUCAGCAGCACUUCCUGUGGAGCCGUUUCAGUUUUUCUAGGUACGACCCGCGAGGACGAGUUGAAUGGCAGGAAGGUGAUUGGUCUGGAGUACGAGGCGUAUGAGCUAAUGGUCCAAUCAGAGUUCACCAAACUGUGUGCUGACAUCAGAGAGCGCUGGCCAACCGUGACGCACAUCUGUGUCCACCACAGGCUGGGGUGGGUGAAGGUGGGCGAGGCCAGUGUUGCCAUGGCAAUCUCGUCGCCUCAUCGCCAUGACAGUCAGCAGGCGAUCCAACACUGCAUCGACCGGCUGAAGGCCAACGUCCCCAUCUGGAAGAAGGAAGUUUACGACACACAGGAGGUGAGCUGGAAGGAGAACUCUGAGUGUUCCUGGUCCGGACACAGUGGAGUUCAGAGAGAAAACAGGAAAUAACUGUUAAUCAAACAUGUUGGCGUGAGCUGCUGGAAAUAAAGUGCAGCCUGAGGUUAUUGAUUAUUGAUAAUAAUAUUAAUCUGGUCGGUCAUAAACUGGGCUGCAGCUUCAGUCUGAAACAGCUCCAGGAAACAAAGGUAGUGUCAGCCUGUCACCAUGGAGAUGGUGUUCACUCGUUCAUCCAGUCUCGUCUUUCACUUCCUCACUUUGUGUCUGUGGAAAAAGUCUGACGCUCUGUUAUGAAAUCUGCUUUACCUCAGUGUAGGAGAAACUGAGAUGAAUAAUAGUAUUUGUCUGACUCACCUGUGUGGGCGGAGCCUGCCAGGUAACCAGGGCACUGAAUGGAUUUCCUGAACAACGCUUUUAUUUUGUAACAAAUGCAAAACAUCUGUACUCAUGUUAGGUGAUAUUCUAUUUCAUAUUAAGUUACAAUGAAGUGUUAAUGUUUAUUAAUAAUAAUAACAGUUAAACACUACACUCAUACAAAUGGAAAGACACUAACUUUACAAAAAUGUGCAUCAUCAUUAAAUAAAAGCAGAGAAUAAAAUAAAAUAAACUAUUCAAUAUACAGUAACAUGAGACAAACAGGAAAAACAAAACAGUGGAACUGGAAGAAUAAAACUGUCCUGAAGUU